UUGCAUAUAAUUAUAAAAGACAUGAGAGAGAGAGAGAGGUAUAUGCAGCUGUAUGCACUAUGAACAUGAAACCAACAGGCUAAUUUUUGUUUCUCAAUGCAAAACCAAAUAUUUAUACCCUCUGAAUCAUCUAUGGGGUUUUGGCCCUUCCAUUUUUUCUCUUGUUUUUUUUUUUUUGUUUCUUUAUUUUUUUUGAAUUUCCUUGAACCAAGGGGAUCCCAAAUCAGUUGCCUAAAAUAGUGCUCAAUUGUAGACUUUAGAGGGUCCAGAGCUUCUGUCUUUCUCCUGUGGAACUAUAACCCUCCAAGUCCAAGGCCUUGCUUGCACCCUCUGUCAUGAGCAACCCAAGUCACUCUCUCUCUCUCUCUCUCUCUCUCUCUCUCACCAAAACAGACUAUCAACCAAAAUAUAACCCAAAAAAGAAAACAAAAGAAAAGGGAUAGUUAGUGAUAAUAAAAUAACAUCUUAAACAACUCAAUUGGACCCUUUCUAAUUUGGUGCCCAUCUAGCAUGGCCUUCCAUUUUCAUAUAAUACACACAACACAACCAGACCUCUUCCAAAUUCCACUCCCACAUUUCUCCCUCACCCUCUCCAAUACAUCCCAAUGCCUUCUAUUUCCUAGGAAACUCCAAGAAGAUCGCGACGGACAAAUGCGAUUUGAAGAAUUCUGAGCUAGCAAGGCUGUCAUUUUGAAGAAUAUCCAUUUGGUGAUGUGAUUCUGGUUUACCUUCUCAAAACCAAAGCCAAUGUCUUUCAUUUCCGGGGCCUGCAUCACAUCAUCAUAUCCUGCAGAACUUUUAUUGCAGGAUGAUUCUUUAUUGCCUUUGAGAUUGUGGGUUUGAUUAGAUUUUUUUUAUUUGUUUAUGAAUUGUGGGAGGUUUGUUUGUAUAAUAUUAGGAGCUUUAAUGGGUGUGGCAUACAGAUGGCUAUAUGUGGCUGCAAUUCAAGAAUUUAACAACAAAGGCACAAGAAGACUUUCAGGGUGGUAUUGAUGGAGUUCUUCAAAAGCUGGCACAUCCUCUGGCUGCUCUUUUCUCUGUCAUUUUCAUCAUCAUCAUCAUCUUUUGUGCAAGCCUUGUAUGGCUAUGACCCUGAGUCCUUGAGCACUUUUUUCCAUGAUUAUGCAAACACAAGUCUAAGGAACCCUCAUACUGGCACGCUAUACAAUAUUUCUCUCCCUGCUAAUUUCUCUGGCAUGGAAGCUUCUUUUGUUAGGGUCCUUAGUGCAAAGUUUUGGAGUAGAGGAGCAAAUUUCAGUUCAUUUCAAAUACCACCAAGGGUUAUUCCAAUGCCUUACCGAAGAAGGCUAGCUAUAGUGUUUGAGAAUUUAGGCAAUUGGUCUUCAAGUUACUACCAGAUGUCCAAUUACACAUUGGUUGCUCCUGUUGUUGGCUUCAUGGCUUAUGAUUCUCCAAAUGCAACUCCAAUAGGAAAUCAGAAGCUCAAUUUCACUACUCAGGGUGACCCCAUUACAAUCCGGUUUCCGCAUAUUGAUGAUGUGCAAGGGAAAAAUGUGACACCAAAAUGUGUCCAAUUUGGUGCUGCUGGGAGCUUUGAGAUCAAGAACAUGACCAAGGAAAAUGAGUGCAUUACACAUGGUUUAGGCCAUUUUUCCAUUGUCGUUCCAUCUCCGCCUAGGCCAGCGCCAACACCAACGCCAACGCCAGAGAAGAAAAAGAGGCAUCGGAAAGGGUUGGGGAAAGGGUUUGUAGUUGGAAUUGUGUUUGGGUUGGUUUUACUGGGAUUGGUAAUGAUAGCCAUAUUCAAGUUAUGGUGGAGGAAGAAACUUAAAGCUAUGGAGAAGCAGUCUGAAAAGGAUGUGGCUUUUGAUACAUUUUGGGUUGGGAGAAGUAAAAUGCCUUCUGCAUCAAUGACUAGAACCCAACCAUAUCUUGAACAUGAAUAUGUUCCUUGAGUACUUCAAUCUUCUUUGUAGUUCUUUUUCUUGUGUACUUCUUUUUCUUUUUCCAUCCAAAUUUGUAAUAGUGAAAGUUAUUUUAAAUCAUGAACUUUAGACUGAUGACAGAAA